AUGACUCAGACAAGCCCUACGGACAAGACCCAAGGGGUCAUAGAUGUUGAAGCAUUGAAGAAAGAAAUUCGUGAGCAAAUUUUAUCCGAACUGAAGGAACAAAAACAAGAACAAAAGCCAGAGAGACCAAAGAGAAAACUUAGUGAAAAACAACUUGCUGCAUUAGCUGCUGGAAGACAAAAGAACCCACGUUUGCUGGCGAAGAAAGCUAGAGAAGAAGCUGAAGCAAAGAAAGAGUAA